AUGGUGAAAAAAUACGAAGGAUGUGCUGUGGGAAUAGACCUGGGAACAACAUAUUCUUGUGUUGGUGUGUGGCUUGAUGAACACAAUAGAGUUGAGAUUAUUCACAAUGACCAAGGUAACAAAACCACACCUUCUUUUGUUGCUUUCACCGAUGACCAAAGGUUGAUCGGUGAUGCUGCUAAGUAUCAAGCUGCCACCAACCCGCAAAACACUAUCUUCGAUGCUAAGAGGUUAAUUGGUAGGAAGUUUAGUGAUUCUGUUGUUCAAAAUGAUAUGAUGUUUUGGCCAUUCAAGGUCAUUGCUGGCGUCAAUGACAAGCCCAUGAUUGUUGUUGAGUAUAAGGGUGAGGAGAAGCAACUAUGUGUUGAGGAAGUUUCGUCUAUGAUCCUCACCAAGAUGCGGGAGAUUGCUGAGAAAUAUUUGCAGUCAGAGAUAAAAAAUGCAGUUAUUACUGUGCCUGCUUAUUUCAAUGAUUCUCAACGGAAAGCCACUUUAGAUGCUGGUGCCAUUGCUGGUCUUAAUGUUAUACGAAUAAUCAAUGAACCAACAGCUGCUGCUCUUGCAUAUGGCCUUGAUAAGAGAACUAAUUACGGUGGAGAAAAAAAUAUUUUCGUCUUCGACCUUGGUGGUGGCACUUUCGAUGUGUCUAUCUUAACAAUCAAAGAUAAGGUCUUCCAAGUUAAGGCCACCGGUGGAAACACUCACCUCGGAGGAGAGGACUUUGAUAACCGAUUGGUAAACUACUUUGCAGAGGAGUUUAAGAGGAAGAACAAAGUGGAUAUUACUGGAAACUCAAGGGCCUUAAGAAGGUUGAGAACUGCGUGUGAAAGGGCCAAAAGGGGCAUCGACUUCAUUUCAUCACUUACUCGGGCCAAGUUUGAGGAAAUCAAUAUGGAUAUUUUUAAUGAGUGUAUGAAGACCGUUGAGAGUUGUCUUGUUGACGCUAAGAUGGACAAGAGUAUUGUAAAUGAUGUUGUCCUUGUUGGUGGGUCUUCUAGAAUUCCCAAAGUGCAACAACUAUUGCAAGAAGUUUUCAUGGGAAAGGAUUUGUGCAUGAGCAUCAACCCUGAUGAGGCUGUUGCUUACGGUGCAGCUGUCCAGGCUGCUUUGUUGAGCGAAGGCUCUAAGAGUGUUCCAAACUUGGUGCUGCAAGAUGUUACACCGUUGUCUCUUGGUAAGGCAGUAAUAGGAAAUGUCAUGAGUGUGGUGAUUCCUAGGAACACUUUGAUUCCCAUCAAGAAGAGGAGAGAAUAUUAUACAGUUUGCGAUAACCAAUCCGAAGUCUUCAUUGAGGUUUAUGAGGGUGAAAGACCAAGAGCCAGUGAUAACAAUCUGCUCGGUUCAUUUUAUCUUUCAAACUUUCCCCCUGCUCCUUCCGGCUAUCCUUUUGAUGUAUAUUUUUCUAUUGAUGAAAAUGGUAUUUUGACCGUUUCUGCUACUGAAAAAUCCACGGGCAAUAUGAAUGAGAUUACCAUAACCAAUUACAAAGAAAGGUUGUGUAGUGACGAAAUUAAAAAAUUGAUUAAAGAAGCUGAGAAUUACCUCGUUGAAGAUAAGAAAUUCCUAAAGCGGGAUGAAGUAAGGAAUGUUUUAGAUUACUGCAUUUACAAGACACGGAAUGCUUUAAAGCAAACAGAGCUUAAUUCAAAACUUUCGUCUCAAGAUAUCGACAAGAUCAAUUCUGCACUCACGACAGCGUCAAAUUUGCUUGAUAGUAACCAACAGGUUGAAAUUGAUGUUCUUGAAGGUCAUCUGAAAGAGCUUGAGAGUAUGUUUGAGUCCAUUAUUUUAGCCAAGAAGGAAUAG